AUGGAGUUGGACUUCUCGGGCGGGGACAAGGUAGCGCUUUUGGGCAGUCCGCAGUACUGCCGCAUCUGCCGCAGUCACGAGUCUCGAGCCACGGACCCGCUCCUCUCAGCCUGCGCCUGCACGGGCUCUGUCGGGAAGAUCCACGCCCAAUGUCUGCGCCAGUGGAUCAAGUCGCGCCGCAUCCCCAUCGACCAAGCACUGGCCUGCGAACUCUGCAAGUUGACGUACCGUGUCGUGCUCCGGCGGCGCGUUCGUUGGGACCGCCGGCAUGGCUGCAGCUGGGCCUCCUUGGGGUAUCUAUGUGUCGUUCUUGUCCUCAUCGGCGCACUUGUGCUUGUUGCAAGCCUUCUCGUACGGCUGCUGCAAGAGGCCCAGCACGCGCCGGCGGCCAACAUCAUCCCCGUCAUCCUUCUUUUUGGCAGCUCGACCAUUGUCUCGCUCGUCGCGGUCUGGCGCAUUUUCUGGCGCUGGUUCUACGUCACAUCCGUCACGUACGUCGACGCGGCCGACGGUCUCUUCCCGGCCACGGUCUAGCCGUUUGAUCUCUGCUGCUAUACUUAUUGUAUGAAUACGAUUCUUG